AUGGAAGGGAACAAUUAUUUGAUAGUGAACACGUCGCCCGUAGAAUGCGAUAACGACGACGCCACGGUGACGACGCAAUCGUACACGGCGGCCGUCGUCCGUCUGAGGAACAACUUCGCGCUGUGCACUCGCCUAAGCCCCACGGAACGACAGUUGUCGGAACGCUUUCGAAACACAAAGCAAUAUUUUGUGGACGUCAUCUAUUUCGGAGUGAACGGCGAACAGACACAGCGGUUGCGAUGUUCUGUGAAGAUCAACUGUCCUUAG